ACAUACACAGAAAGUAUAAUUCACUAUAGAUUCUCUGCAGUCUGCCAAAGAUCUGUUACUUUCCAUACAAAUACUGCAAUCUCACCGGGAAAACACUGCCACAUAACACUGAGAAGCACAAGAGAGCUGCCAUGAAGCGUAAACAAGAAUAUCUUUACAAUUCAGUAGACAUGGAUGUUGCUGAAAUGCAGGCUGGCAAUAGUCAUGUUCAAUAUUCCAAAUUCAGGUUGUUUGACAAGUUAGUUUCGCCUAUUGCUAAUUCGACGCAAUUAGAGACAUCCCCGUCUACAUCGGCAUCAAAGCGUGUCCAUGGUGCUUCAGCAGACCAGUUAGAUAGGUUGCAUGCAAUGGUGCAAAACAUUUCGUCAACUAUGAAUGACUUCAGUCAAACGUUGCAGAAAAUGUCAACAGCCAUUUCGGAUUUGAGUAUUAAUGUAAAGCAAUUGCUUUCAAAGUCUAAUGAGCGCGAAAGACCGCAUCAAUUCGAUUGCGGACUGUCGAGUCAGCACUUCCCUUUGUCAUCUGAAGAGGAACUACAGAUGCUGGAUACUGGUUUGUAGCAAAAAGAAACCAGGGACAGAUUU